GCAAUCGCGGGCGUUUUGCCAAUCAGCCCAGAAGCAGGCCUCGCGGAAACGCUCUGCUUCGAUCCACCAGAACCAACUGCGGGCUUGCAACAAAGCCUCCCGGACAGGCGCUCCAAACGAUCCAAAUGACCGUCCACAGCUCGACCCAGGCCCCCUCCGCCGGCCUUGCUGCCGCCGGGCAGCUCGCUGCGGCCUCGCCACUCGCUGGAAGUGCGCCCCCCAACACCCCAAUCCAGAUGCAGCAGAUCGAAGCUGUCGACGGCCCGGCCGACCAUCCACAGGAUGACCAGCACGCUGAUGGACAUUCGUGCUGCGGGCACGAUCAUGCCCAUGAUGACUCCAAAUCCGGAAGCUCGCUCUUGACAUCCUACGCCUCGAAUGUCGCCACCUGGGUCAUCAUCCCCUUCUUCCAGGGUGUAUGCUAUGGCCUUGGCGAGGGAUUUGCCAGGGUCUGGAUCGGACGAUUUUUUGGAAUCAACCCUGCCGCACUCUACCAGGCCAAGUCCUCGAAAAAAGUAGCCGUCAAGCCCCCCGCAGCAGUCUCUGCGGAACCCGAUCCUACCCCAGGGUUGACCGGAACCCUGAUGAAGCGUCCUUUGAUCGUCAAGGCCGAAGUGGACAAGACCUGGUCGCGACUGUGGUCGUCCGAGAGCCCGGAAGCCUUGAUUCGCAAGCGCAGAGAGAACUCAGGCGCAUCCAAGGAAGGUCUUGCAAAGCUGGGACUGAUCGUGGUCGACGACAUGGCCGGCCGCGCUGUGAGCGAAUCGUAUGAUGAGCGUAGCUAGUUUCGGCCUGUGACGCCGCCUAGCCUGUAUACAGCGCACCCUGUUUCGUUUUGGAUGUGCUGAAAACAUGAUCUCAGUGAAAUAGGAGAUAUCCUUUCGGAAUCCCCCACGACAUUA